GCUCCCGCGGCUCCGGAUCACUUCAAGAUGGCGGCGCUAAGCGGGGGAUCGGCCGAGGGGCCCUCACUGCUCAACGGGGACCUGGAGUCCGAGGCCGGGAGCCUAAGCGGAGCCGGGGAGAUGUCAGCGGCUGGGGGCUAUCCGGAGGAGAUCUGGAAUAUCAAGCAGAUGAUUAAGUUAACGCAAGAGCACAUUGAAGCCCUCCUCGACAAAUUUGGAGGCGAGCACAACCCCCCCUCAAUAUAUGUUGAAGCUUAUGAAGAGUACACAAGCAAACUUGAUGCCCUCCAGCAGAGGGAGCAACAGUUACUGGAGUCAAUGGGGAAUGGAACGGACUCUUCUUCCUUAUCUUCAGAAAUGACUCUUUCAUCAGUCCCCUCCAGCCUAUCUCUAGCUCCUUCAUCUUUAUCCGUCCUACAGAACCCCUCCGAUUUUUCCCGAAUGAACCCUAAAUCUCCUCAGAAACCUAUCGUUAGAGUCUUCCUACCUAACAAGCAGCGCACAGUGGUACCAGCUAGAUGUGGCGUGACCGUACGGGACAGUCUAAAGAAGGCACUAAUGAUGCGAGGUCUUAUCCCAGAAUGCUGUGCGGUGUACAGGAUCCAAGAUGGGGAAAAGAAGCCUAUCGGGUGGGACACGGACAUCAGCUGGCUGACCGGGGAGGAGCUGCACGUAGAAGUUCUUGAGAACGUACCCCUCACUACCCAUAACUUUGUACGGAAAACCUUCUUCACUUUAGCAUUCUGUGACUUUUGCCGGAAGCUGCUAUUCCAGGGUUUCCGCUGCCAGACAUGCGGGUACAAGUUCCACCAGCGAUGCAGCACAGAGGUGCCACUCAUGUGUGUCAACUACGAUCGACUAGAUUUGCUAUUUGUCUCAAAGUUCUUUGAACAUCACCCAAUAUCUCAGGAUGAAGGUCCUUUUGAGGAGGUCACCCCUGCUGUUGAAUGCUACUCACACUCACCCCCUCCAGAUAUCAGCGGCCUCCCAAGUAGUUCUCCGUCCAAGUCCAUUCCCAUUCCCCAGCCAUUCCGACCUGCCGAUGAAGACCACAGAAACCAAUUCGGCCAGCGAGACCGGUCGUCAUCUGCUCCCAAUGUUCACAUCAACACCAUUGAGCCUGUUAACAUUGAUGAUUUAAUCCGUGACCAGGGCCUUCAGCGCAGUGAGGGAGCCCCCCAGGUCCAGCCGGCCCGCUGCCUUCGGAAAUACCACUCUCGGAACCCCAGCCCACUCCUCCAUUCUCUCCCCAGUGAAAUAGUCUUUGAUUUUGAGUCUGACCCGGUUUGCAGAGGCACAACCCCAGGCUUAUCUGCUACCCCUCCAGCUUCCUUGCCCGGAUCCCUCACAAAUGUUAAGGCUCUUCAAAAAUCCCCCGGUCAACAGAGAGAGCGCAAGUCAUCCUCUUCCUCCACAGAAGACAGGAGUCGGAUGAAAACACUUGGACGCAGAGACUCCAGUGACGACUGGGAAAUCCCAGAUGGGCAGAUCACAGUCGGACAACGGAUAGGAUCUGGUUCCUUUGGGACUGUGUAUAAGGGAAAGUGGCAUGGUGAUGUAGCUGUAAAAAUGUUGAAUGUAACUGCACCGACACCUCAGCAACUACAGGCCUUUAAAAAUGAAGUCGGAGUGCUCAGGAAAACUCGGCAUGUAAACAUCCUGCUUUUCAUGGGAUAUUCUACCAAACCCCAGUUGGCAAUAGUGACCCAGUGGUGCGAGGGCUCCAGCCUCUAUCACCACCUUCACAUCAUUGAGACCAAAUUUGAGAUGAUUAAACUGAUUGAUAUUGCACGGCAGACAGCACAAGGGAUGGACUACUUGCACGCCAAGUCGAUCAUCCACCGAGAUCUGAAAAGCAAUAAUAUUUUUCUUCAUGAAGACCUCACAGUAAAGAUUGGUGACUUUGGCCUAGCCACAGUGAAGUCUCGGUGGAGCGGCUCUCACCAGUUUGAGCAGUUAUCAGGCUCCAUUCUGUGGAUGGCCCCUGAGGUGAUCAGAAUGCAGGACAAGAAUCCCUACAGCUUUCAGUCAGAUGUCUACGCUUUUGGAAUAGUUUUAUAUGAAUUAAUGACGGGGCAGCUACCUUAUCAGAAUAUAAAUAACAGAGAUCAGAUUAUAUUCAUGGUUGGGAGAGGAUAUUUAUCUCCAGACCUCAGCAAAGUUCGGAGUAAUUGUCCAAAAGCAAUGAAGAGGCUUAUGGCGGACUGUCUAAAGAAGAAGAGAGACGAGCGUCCCUUAUUUCCACAGAUUCUUGCCUCCAUUGAACUCCUGGCCCGGUCAUUGCCAAAAAUUCACCGCAGUGCAUCUGAGCCAUCGUUAAACAGAGCUGGCUUCCAGACAGAGGACUUCAGUCUGUACGCAUGUGCUUCUCCAAAAACGCCCAUUCAGGCCGGUGGAUAUGGAGAAUUUACAGCCUUCAAGUAACGGCACAGUCAGCACAAGCACCUCUGUUACUACUUUAAGUCUCGUGUUCCUCUAGUUUCUUAGCACUGGGACUACUUUACAAAACAUGCAGAUAAUGCACCCAUAUUGUAAGAGGGAGCAGCAUGAACCAUCAAAGAAAAAAUAAAUGGGGGGAGGGGAAGGGACCAGCUGAAACACCUGUGUUCCUCUAGGGAGUGGCCCAGCACUGCUCUUCAGCAUGCCCCUACUGGUGCACACACUGCUGAGGAGAGGCCUAUCUUGGCAACGAGAAGGCGGAUCUUCGUUAUUGCAGAGACUCCUUUUGUCUAAAAUACUAACACCGAUUUCCCUCACAUUCUUUGUGGAUCUUGCGCCAAUCAUGAUGGGGACUGCCUGCUAAGAAUCCUCUUUGUCUUUUGGGAAAUAAAAUGCUGGAUCUCCAUAUCCCCACACAAGUAAUUGCCUACUAGUAUGGUACAAGUUCACCCAUUCAUACGGUUACACAUCAGCUAGACCAGCAAUUAGUCCUUCAACUGAUUAAGAUCUAAGUCGUGGCACCAUAAGGCCACGGAGUGAAUAUAGCGGAGCUGCAAUACUAGAUACAGCCCAUGGACAAGAGUGGUACUGUUCCUCGGAGGCCAAAAAAAUUUAAAAAUCUAUUUUUCUAAUCUCCUACAAAUUCAUUAAUUACUCUCCAAGGAGAGGAGGUAUGAGAUUAGAUUUCAUUUGGAAUCAUUAAGCUGCUUCCUCAACCCAUCCUUCUGUGCACUUAAUGUAUUAAUGCUUCCAAUCAACUAUCUUCAAAAUUGCAAUUUGCGGUCCCGAAUUCAUGGGCCACGUCCGUGCGGCAGCCGGGACGGAUCGAGACACAUUCAACUUGAAUGGGUCUGUGAUCUGCCCGCGCCGCAAAAAUAUUUCUAUAUUUUUUUUUGUGGUGCGGAGGCACGGACAGAAACAAGACUGAAGCACUUUUGUAGUGCUUCCGUGGGGUUCCGAACCAUGCUUCCGUUCCGGAUCUCCGUGAUUGCGGACCCAUUCAUGAGUGCACACAGGCCGGUGCCUGUCUAUUGCAGGCCACAAUGCGGCCACGGGCACACAACGUUCGUGUGCAAGAGGCCUAAACUUGUGGUCUGGAAGAUCAUGUAAUGGUUUACUACUGUAUGGAAUGGAGAUUCUGCAUUUUAUUUGGUCUAACACUUUAUAAAAGAAUGGAAUGAACAUUAUUGCAUUAAUGUCCAUUAGUUUUUUUCCUUUAGGGAAGGGUCUGGGAGGAGUCUGUGGCCAACCUUCUCUUCUCUAUUCUGCUCUGGUAUUUCAUUCCUUUUGCUGAGGCCUUGCAUGGACUGAAACUGAACUGUUUGUGUUUCUAGACUUUUUGGAAUUUAAUUUAUUUCCUACAUGGUUAAUGGGUGGCACCAAAAAAAAUAAAUGAGUUUUACAUAUCUUGCUGCGCAGCACAUGAUCACAAUAAACUCCUCCGCCACUUAUGUUCUUUUCCUGGUCAGCAGCACCGCUUCUCUGUCUUGUGCUGUUACUUUGGAAUCUCUAAAAGUUGGACCCUGCUAGAGUAAAUCAUGUAAUUCCCGCUUCAGUCCAUAAUUCAACCAACAGGAAAAUGUUUUGGCUUGGUGAAUUUCACCUGUAAAAGACUGGCCAGAUUUGAGCGCGUGUGAGCGUACGUUUGAGUGUUCACGCUACUGGUAUUAAUGUUACAACUAAAUGUUUAUACUCCAAAGCCUAAACCAGUAGCUGCUGACUAGGUCAUAUUUUCUUUUAUUUUUGUACAGUUAGGUUUUUCAUUUUUUUUUCUUUUUGUUUUUAUUAAUUGCUAUUUAUUUAAUUUAUUUUGCUAUGUAAAUGUGGAAUGCUUUGGAGUUUGGCCAGAGUUUUGUAAAUGAAAACUAGACCAGUGGCUUGUGUAAUGAACUACCGACCCCCUCCCCUUCCACACUGUGCUGUGGCCAUGAAAUAAACUAACCCAGUAACUUAUGUACAUAUCUUUUUUAAAUAUUCAGAUAUUCACUACAUUGAAACACAUUUUAGGAAGAAGAAUCUAUUUUUUGUUGUAUUUAAUCCACCAAAACGCCAGAUUAUUAUUUUUUUCAAUACCAAAUUGUUGGAUGAGUUCACAUAAUUUUUUAUUUUUUUUUCCAAACCCCUCUGAAAAUUUUGAAUCUUUUUGUUCUGUAUAAUUCAAUAUUGGGGAUGUGUUCAGAUGUUUGUUUGUUUUUUUGUUUUUUUUGUGUCUUUUUUUUGUUUUUGUCUUGCUAAUAAAAUAUUAGUAGAUGGGCUCAUAUUCUAUUUCUUUUGUUUUUCUUUAUUCCUCCCCAUCCCCAAAAUCUAUCCUUUUUGUAGAGAGACUGGUUUCAACAGUUUUUAUUUGGUGGUGCACCAAAACAUUUGCCUAAUGGCUAGUGUCAUUACCAGACAGUGAUGUUUGAUAUAAGAAGCAUAGCCAAAGACUGGGCUUGAAAAUUGGCUCAGUGCAAAAAUAUAAUUGACCCUAUGGUUCAAAUAGUCUGUAGGUACUAUAGAUCAAAUCUACAGUUAAAGUACAUCUCUUUAUUCACUACGGUUGGGGGGGGGGGAUCUAACAUACUAAAAAUUUCCAUCUGUUUGGUCAUUCUUAUAUACUUAUUUGUUUUUGUUUUUUUUUGUUUUGUUUCGUUUUGUUUUUUUUGGACAGUCCUGUAGAUUUGAAACCAGAAUUUUUUAUUUAAAAUUGUAUAUUUCUCUGGAAAUUCUGUAUAAAUUAUUUAUUUUAUAAUUUUAAAUUCAAACAUUUUGCAGUCAUAUCCCCUAGGCUUCAUAGAAUAAAUAACAAGUUCUACAGUCUUCUUCCUGUGUGUAUCUACAUAAAGCACGUCUCCAGCACUGGGGCUUGUAUCAGAAGGUUCCAACAGUAGUACUGAUGAUGAUGAUAAUAAUGCACCCAUAUAAACCUAAUGCUAUGUUGCUGUACAUAACUGUCAGUCACUGACUUACAGUGCACAUUCAGGUUGGAACUACCGUGGGGGGGGGGAUCUGUAAAAAAAAAAGUGGUGUGUAAAUUAUAAUAAAGACCAUAUUUCCAAAUGUUUACACUGUGUCCAUUACCCCACAGUUUAAAGUGCACUCUUCUCGAAGCUGAAGUUUUUUGCUUAUAUCAUUUCAUGAAUUAAUAUAUUUUUUCAGGUAUAGG